AUGGCCCAAAACAAGAUUCUCUAUUCUGCAAAGCUUGACAAGAACAUGCAAAGAUCAGCCUACUUCAAGACAAACAAGAGAACCAUCAAAUCAAACAUCAUGCUGAAGUUUGUGACAAAGACGAUGGAUAUCAAGCUUCCAGGUGAAGCCAAUAUCACGACUACUCUUGAAGAUCCGAUCGAACUCUUGAAGCGUAUUGAACAAUUCAUGAAGAAGAGUGCUGAUGCUGAGUAUGAUUUCUUGGAUUUCUGGGAAGCAAAUCAAAAGUUCUUUGCUAUGAACCAAGGAACAACAGAAAACUUGAUGCAUUUCAAGGAACGAUUCUUGAGACAGGCUGAAGUCCUGCAAGAUCUAUAUGGCGUGGCCUGGUUCCGAGAUUUUGCAGUCAAGACGAAAGCGUAUGCUGCUAUUGCUAGUACCGAUACUGCUGCUCAAAACAAGUUCAAGGAUGAUAUCUUUGAAGCCGUUCUUGCAACAGGAGUUCUGUGCAACUGCGAUCAAACGAGAACAGCUCCUCUGAUGCUGGAUCUUCAGACAAACUAUUGCAGAGAAUUGGAUUAUCCAAAGACGGUCAGCAAAGCACAAGAUAUGUUGAAGAUUCACAUGGAUGUGAUUAAAAAUCCUAGAGUGAACCUCUACCAAGGAAAAAACCAACCUAAUAAAGACAGACUGUUACCAAAGAUCCAAUGGAGCAUUCAGGACCAAUAUGUCAAGUAUGGGAAGAAGCUCAAUCUUAGUCAGAUUGGAGCAACUGUCCCAGCUACUGUUCCAGCUAUAGUUCCUGGAGCUUCAGCGUCCACAAGUGGAGCAUCAAGUGUUGCGGGAAGCGUUGACACACCUUUGCAACUUGCUGGUACUACAGGUAAUCAAAUGAUGCAAGUUCCUUCUGGAAUGCAGCUCAUGCAGAUUCCAACUCAAGGAUUCAGUGGUGCUCAAGUGCGCCAAGGGUUUGAUGCAACUCAAGCUCAAACUCCGCAAGCUGUGAAAACUGGAUAUUUUGAUAUGUCAAAUGUCUUUCACAAUGCUAUCAAGGGAAAGGAUGAGAAUGGCAAUGAUGUCUAUCUUAUUCCAUGUCCUGCUGGUACAACAAAUGUCAAACUUCAAGCCAACUGGCACUAUGCUAGUGAAAAUGAAGAUGUGCCUGAUGUUGCUACUGAAGCAGAUCAAGGUCUGCAGUUUAUUCAAAGCCGCAGAAAGCAAAGAGAUCCAUUUGGGUUGUACGAUCAUGUCAUCAUGGACAGUGGUUGUACAAACACCACCAUUUGUAAUGGUGAGCUCAUGCACCGACUCCGUCAUGCUGAGAAGGAACUUGAUAUGCACACCAACAUAGGCAGCAGAGUUCUUGAUGAAGAAGGUUUUCUAGGAAGAUUUCCACCUCCAGUUUAUCAUGAUGAAGAUGGAAUUGCCAAUGUACUUGCUAUGCGCAAGAUGAUUGCUGCAAGAUACCUCAACAAGACCAACUCCGAAGAAGACACUGACCUUGUAUUUGAAGCAUUGGAUAAGAUAUUCCGCCGCUACAACAAGGCAGGCUUUCAAGUCAAGAUCAUCAAGUGUGAUCGGGCGUUCAUUCCUCUCACGGAUGAUAUGCUAGAAGAUAUGGGUGUUUUUAUUGACCCGACUGCAGCUGGAGACCACGAGCCUACCGCUGAGCGAAACAAUAGGACGCUGAAAGAACGAGUCAGAGUAGCUCUUGCACAAUUACCCUACAAAGUGGUCCCAAAAGUGAUCACUGAAUGUCUUGGACGUCAAGCCGCCAAGCUAUUGAAUGUCUUUCCCCAGAAAGACAGUAUCUCAUCACAUUUCAGUCCGCAGCAACUCAUUGAUAAUUUCAAUAUCAACUACAAGAGUGACAUGGUUGCUGAACUUGGACAAUAUGUUCAUGCAAUUGGGACGGAUUCCAACAAUUAG